AUGACAGAAACGCAAGCUGCCUUUGCAAACGAUGUAGAAGAUGCAGAGGUUGGUGUAGGACCCGAGGAUGCUUCUUUAGCUUCUACCAUAGAGGCCGGGACACUUGUUGAGAUACGAAAGGGUUCCAUAUAUGCAUAUGGUAUAGUCUUGGGCCAUUCGUAUAUGAGCGGUCGCAUGUGGCAUCUCUCCUUGAUCAGUACAGGCGAAAUCAUUCAGCACGUCGAGUCAGAUGUGUAUAUCGAGGUCCCUCGCAUGGCCGACAGGGACCUCGCCCUUCGCUCAGGCAUCAAUGAAAUCCCAGUAGACCGCGUACAGACUAAUGCGCGCGUUGAAAUCCUGAAGUACCUACGGGAAGCCGAAAAAGAGAUAAACAAGGCAUUCAUGAUCAUCGGACGGAAAAACGCGGGGCUAUACCCCCUCGUGAGGGCGAAGCACCCAGACGAGUGGGCGACCGUCAGUCUUUCAGAGGCUGCGAAAUUGGUGUGCGAUUACAGACCGGAGAGCUGGUCGACACUUGUCGCGACGCAUAAAUACAUCAUGGGCCGCCCUAUCGAAUUUGUGCCGCACAUGCAGUUUCAGAGACUUGCGCUCACGUAUGAUGUGCGGCCAGAAAACCAUGUUGGGAAGUUGCAGAGAGUGGUGGAUAUGGUGCGGAAGAGGAGCCCGGGACUGGAGGCGUUUAUUGAGAAAGCUCGGAGGCUCGUUCUGAUUGCUAGAGAGAAUGCUAGCGAGUCUUGGGAUGAGCCUCCGAGGAGAGUUGUCGCAAAGGAUAUCACGUUUUCCCCAGACGAUCGCGCCAUCCUCGAUGUCUUGCACCUUGCAUUACGCAGGACGCGUUCCACCGCUACUGAUCCUUUUUCUGGAGUGGUCACAUCCAUCAUCAAGAGAGUUGGCCUUUUUAAUCAGACAAUAGUGGACGACGUGUGUCUGCGGCAGUUCUUGAUAGAGAUGGGGGAGAUGGCCCCUUGGGAGGAUGUAGUCACCCAGAGGAAAGAGCUGAAUCUGGACUUGCCGCCGGAUGAGGAGUCCCAGCGCGUUAGAGAUCAGAACGCUCUUGUCAAAAGGAGCCUGUCUUCACUGCGACCCUCGCAGGCGAAGGCAAAGCAACCGCUAGGCCCAGAAGACUUUUAUGACCGUGACCCGGUCGAGCAUUUGCGACACGACUUUGGGAGUUUACCGGUCUAUGUGAUUGACGAUGUGAGCGCAGAAGAGCUGGACGAUGGCUUGUCAGUGGAACCUGUUCCUAACGAGCCUGGUUCGGCUUGGAUACACGUCCACAUUGCAGACCCUACUUCUGUCCUUCCACCGACUCACGCUCUCUCGGAAGCAGCACGUCGAAUGGGCUCCUCAGCAUACUUCAUCCACAGGACAUGGCCUAUGCUACCUCCCUCCCUUACCCAUGAACGACUGAGUUUGGGCUCGCAUUCUCGUAAGGGGGAGCCAGAGCCUGUACUUACUUUCAGCUUCAAGGUAGAUGCUGAAGGCAAUAUGGCCGACUACGAUGUUAAAGCGGGUCUCAUUCGCAACGUCAUAAGAGUUGACUAUGAUGGUGUGGAUCAACUUCUUGGAAACGGAGGUGUUCAAUUUGGCUACCCAUUCGAGGCACCGCAAUCCCCUGGGGUCUCCCAUGUGCCUGUAUUAGAAACCAAAGAUGUGGAGAACAUGCGUCUUAUCGACAACAUAACGCGCAGGUUCCGACAGCGUAACCGCCAGACACUAAAUCCAUUCGUAUUCUCAGCCUCAAAUGCCACUCUCGUGGCUUCUACAAAACCAAUUCAUGGCGCUCCAACAACACCAGCUUGGAACGCUUCUUAUUAUCGCGGUUUCCCCAGCCUUACAUAUGAGGUGUCCUCUCAGAAGAUUGAGGAGCGUGGCUCGCGGUUGUUUGUUGCUGAGUGUAUGAAAACAGCGGCUCGCGUUGCUUCACGAUGGUUCUCCGCAAGAGGAGUGCCGAUGUUGCGUCGUUCUGCACUACCUCCUAUAGCUCUCGAGGACAAGAGAGACAUUGAGAGGUUAACGGCGAAGAUGGACGAGGAUGGAUAUGUAGAUCACGCGGAGUUCCUCCAGACGAAACUGCACGUUCCAUCCGUCGAGUAUGUUCUUCAGCCAGGUAUACAUUGGUCCAUGGGUAUCCCAGAGGGGGAGGGUUAUGUGCGCGUCACAUCGCCACUGCGACGGUACAACGAUCUGGUUGCGCACUGGCAGAUCAAGGAUGCGCUGCUUCGACCCAAGGCAUCUACGCGUCUAUUCACUCCCGGAUGGCUCACUACCCACGCCAUCGAGGUGCUUGCGUCUGAGAAGCUUUGGAAGCACAGCGAGCGGAGUCAUCGCACGCAGUGGACACUUAUGUACAUCAAGCGCUUCCUUGACCACCCAAACCCUCCCAGUGAUCGCGUCGACCCUCUGCAAUCCCUCAGUGCAUAUGUCACGGAGCCUGGCAGGAGGCGCAACUUGUUGACGAACCAGUUUGCUUGUCACAUACCAUCACUUGGUCUACCAGCAACCAUUGUCACACCUAGGACUACGGAUAUUCCGGUAGGGCAGUAUGUGACUGUGAAAGUGAAGGACAUACAGGUCGGUUUGAAGGCGCUGUUCAUUGUGGAGCUAUGUGGGGGUGCAUAG